UCAACUUUGCAAAGUAGAGCGGACGGAACUGACGUUAUAGAUACAAUUCGUGCCAACAUUGCAAACUGCUCAUAAUGGACGCUAAACAAGAGGAUCAAAGCUGGCAUCUGUUAGAGAAGAUUCAGUCAUCUCAAAGUGCGGCUUCCCUUCUUGACGUCAUCUACAAUAACAAUUCCCUCAGGCUUAUUCAUUUUAACUUUAAAGAAAAAGAGAGCCAUGUUGUCAAUUUAACAAAUACUCCGGAAGUACAACUUCCGGAUAUCUAUCCUGAAGAUCUAGCUGUGUAUUACAAAACAUCCGGCAGCACCGGUGAACCCAAACUGGUAGGACAUACCCAUCUUGGAUUUCCCGGUAGUACUUAUCUACUCAAGGACUGUUUAGAAAUAGACAGCCACUCCAGAUAUUUCUGUGACAGGCCGCUUGGGUGGAGUGGAGGGUUUCCCAAUUUUUUCAUCGCUUUUGGAGCAACUCGAGUAAUCGUUGACAGUUCAUUGUCAAUUCAGAAAAACAACAUAGAUUUUCUGUCUGACAUCAUAUGCCAAGAGAAGUGCACACACAUGUAUCUACCUGGUUAUCUCGUCUCGGACCUUCUUAGAAGUCGUGGAAAUGAGGCAAAAUUUUCAGCUAUCAAAGUUCUAAGUUAUAGCUCUGAAAGAUUCUUCAAACGAUUCACAGAAUUACUUGGCCGUUUUUGUAAGAAACUGGUCGUCUAUUAUGGAUCCACAGAGGCAGGCGAAAUAUUAGCUUUUACCAACCAAAAUUUAGGAGAGUAUGAGGAUGGCAUUAUUGGGAAACCUUUACCAGGAAUAGAGAUAAAACUCGUUAACGAACAUGGCAAUGCUGUGCCACGGGGAGAGAUAGGUGAGUUGUGUGUUCGUAGCGUUUAUAGAUUCAUAGAGUACAAAAAUAUGCCGGGCAAAUUUCUAGACACAGUUGACAGAGGAAACUGGCUUCACACUGGCGAUGUGGCGCUUAUACGAGCAGACGGCAAUUUUAUAUUACAUGGACGGACAACCGAACGAAUGUCUGUUGGUACUGUGAAGAUCUUUCCUCAAGAAGUCGAGAAAAUCUUAAUCAGUUGCUCGGAAGUAGAGGCCGUGGUAGUAGUACCGGUUCCUGAUGAAAGAUUGCAUCAUGCUAUAUGCGCUUGCAUCGUUCUGUCAAAGACGAAGAGUGUGUGUGUGAAAGAUAUGCAUAUUUAUUUCGAUCAUCUGUGGGCUGACACCGCUUAUAACAAGCCGAAGUACUAUAUUGCGUUUGAGAAAUUUCCGAGAAAUGCAAAUGGUAAAAUUGACAGGAACCAAAUUGCAAUGAUAGCUGCUUCGCAACUGAAUCUUUGUUGUGAAUGACAUAAAAAGAUCCACACAAGUCAGAUCACCUGUGAAAAGCGACUAUUCUCGGCAGUUGUGUCCUUAUUUCAUUGCCACAAGCCUACGAGUACACAUCAGUUUGUCGUCCUUUCGUGCCUUAGCCUUCCGUUACACAUGCGUAGAGAAAUAACACCUACCAUGAUGGGCUCUUUAUAUAAAGUAUGCAUACAAUUGAAAAAAAAUACUAAUGAUGCUGUAAAAGGAUGUAGUAAUUGGCAUAUGUACAGAUGCAUUUUUAGCUCGUCCGAGUUUUGUAAAAAGAUCUUCUAGGUAUAGUCGUCAUUUGAUCGUCGGUGUCAGCGUUGGUUACGGUUUUUGUUUAGGUCCAAAGUUUCUCAAACACUUAAUGAGACAUGGCUUUGAAACUUUGCAUACUUGUAAUCAUUUUGAGGCAAGGAAGUACCAAGGAUCAUGCAUUUUUCAGAAAGGACGACAAAUUACUAAUAUGUCUUAUGGCGAUAACACUAUGACAUGAAAGAACGUCAAAUUAUCAAAUUUCGCUUUAUCGCCUCGUAAAUCAUAAAUCUCUUAAAAUACGUAAAUCUACUCUGGGUGUUAUGAGCGUGUAUUAACAGGCACAUGCGAAGAUAUUAUAUUUGCUAUCUGCUGAACUUCAGUAUUUCUGUUACGAUUUGAUGUAUUUCAUGACCCCACGUUAUGCAUCGAGACUAUAACAUAUGAAGUCUACAAUUAUUUGAUAUUCUUAAAUGGAAGGCAGAUAUAUAUGAUAUUACGGUCUAUGUAUUUUUGAUCUGUUUAUCUCUUUUUAUACUAUAAAAUAAUAAGUUUUGUAGUUGAAAGAAGGUUAUUAUUUUAAGCUUGUAUUUGUAUUUUCAUUCAUAUUAAUAAUUAAUAAUGAUGUUGUAAUAUCAGAGCGAGAUUCAGAUGAACAAGUGACAUACUACUACAAACUACCUAAGUAUAUUUUCUUAUUCUCUAUUAUUCGUUUAUUAAAUUUUAGCUUGCAAAAUAUGCAAGUUGUAAAAUGAAAAUUAAUAUUCAGUCCAUUAUCUUUAAUUUUUAUGGUUGAUGUUUAUCAAAUCUUAUUUCACUCCUAGUAUUGUUUUGAUUGCUAUAUUAUGGGCAUUUUUUUCUUGUUGAUUCACAUUGACUUCAAUUGUUUUUCUUUUUCCUCGUGUCCUUUUCCGUCUUGAGUGUUUUCUGUCAAACAUCUUAUGCUUCCUUUCGUCAUUCCACGACUAUUCUAUCUCACUUAUUUGUCGUUAUAUCCUGAAAAGUAAAGAAAUAGGAGCAUUGAGAAUGGCAUUUGGAUUGUAUCAUUUUAGGGGGGACGUUAAUGUGAAUAUUGAACUUGUUUGCUACAAUUUGUGUUCGAUUCUGUCCACAUACGUUAAUGUGUUUUGGCGUAACUUUAUUUUUAAUUUACACCUUAAUAGUUUAGCCAUUUGUAUGUCGGAUUAACAUUCACAUAUAUUUAACGUCGCGUUCAUUUUAGAUAUUUCGAAGAAUAUUGUAUUACUUGGUGAGAAAAUUAAGGUAAUUGCAAGAAAUCAUAAACUGCGAUAUAUACUUUUUAAUACAAGUAAUAUGACAGAAUGCAAUCACAAAACAUACUCGAAUCACACACAAUAAAAGUACAUUAAUUAACAGACAUAGUAAUAUAACAAGAUUCAGGAUUUCAUCAUUCACCAUUCACCAAAUAUUAGUAUAGAUAUAUAUGUAUAUUUUAAAAGCAGUUCCCAGACAAGAAUAUGCUAUACCGACUAGUGUUUAACUAUCAAUUAUCAUGUAAAGAAACACUUACGUGAAUAACCUAAUAAUAGUAUCGAAUUUCUGAUGAAUGAUGCAAGUUAUGUAGUUCCAAGAAGAUAUUUGAAAUUUAUGAAGUGAUAGUUAAAGAAAAUUAUAAGAUGAACGCUGACGACUUGAAAACGAAAAUCAUCACAUUGCCUUUUCCGGCGCUGGCAUGCACUUCGUAUCAAUGUCAUGUUUAACCAACCUGUGUGACACUGACGUCCGGAUGAGUUUGACAGCCCUCCAUUUACUUUGUAUAGUCGAGCUGAAAAUAGUUAUUUCUCAUUCAGCAGUAGAUUACACACAGAUCGUGAUAAAUGUAUUAGAGCGGAUGAAAUGGUACAGUGGUAAUACAAAGAAUGCUGUCUGAUCUACCAUAACUAUAACAAGAACAUCCUUGAAAUUCUUCUUUAUGAUUUCAGACAAAGAUUUAAGUUAUACACCUUGUUGCAGGUCCCUUCAGGCCAUUGUAAUUAUACGGGCAAAAUAUAUAGGACAGUCAUUGUGCGUUUGUGCAUGUGUUUAAACAAUGUUUAUAAGUGGCAUUUCUUUACGACUGACACAUAUAGAGAACUCUUUAGCUCAUCUCACACCAUAAAAUUGCAAAGAUAAAGCCUGUACUAAAUUGAUAAGGUAAUACAUGUAAUACUGUUGUAGUAACAGUUCUUAAAAUGAUAAGUGGACACUAAUGAACACCAAUAUAGCUUAUUUUGCUUUGACAGGUAACAAUAGUAAAGUGGCCCAGUUGCUCAAAACUUUAACAGGCGUUUAAGCUAAUAGUUGAUUAACUUUUACAGUUAUUUUUCGACAUUUUAGAAAACUUGGAAAAACAAAUGUAUGAGCUAAUGAUUAUGAACACCAAAAUGUCUUUACAGUAAAACUAUAACAUCGUACUAGAUGUAGUGUUUCCCACCAAGACUAGUAUUUUCAAACUUUAAUAGGCGGUUAGUUUAACAGCCCGUUAAGGUUUCGAACAACUGGGCCAGUGAUGUUAAUUUGCCAAUAACAAGGGAUAUCUUAACUAUCGAGAAUAGUUAAUAUUGUUGAUUGUUCUUGCUUACAUUUAUGAAUAUUAUACAAUUUCUCUUAUAAAUAGAUCAUAGUAGAAUUCAUCCAACUGUUAGUAAUAAUGAUACUAUUGCAAAAAAUCGUGCUAAUGUUGAGGUAAUUUUAAUUAUCUGGCUAGAUUUCUGUUGCCAUCCAGGAACAUAUUAAUUUAUUAAAAACAAUAACAUAUGUCUGUCUGUAUCUGUCCUAUAUAAGCAGAAUCCAAAAAUUGAAGGACAAGUCACAUUUAUGCAGUUACAUGACCGACUUGGAUGGAUUCUGCAGUUAAGGUUUUAUGUUAUAUUUUUUAGAAAAUUACUAUCAUUUUAUACACUUUAAUAUUUUGUAUAUUGCGGUUAAGUAUUAUUUGUUAUUUGAAUAACGGAUUGUAAUGUUAUGAUAUUUCAUAGUCAUAAUUCAGUAAAUGAAGUGUUUGUUAUAAAGAAAUGUAUUACGUGUAUUUUAUUACUAUAAAUUCUUAUUCACAUACAUUCAGUCACUUCUUUCCAAACAAUGUACUUUGAAUAUUCAUAAUUGAAAUUAGAUCAGGAGCGGAAAACGUAUUUAAGUAUAAUGAAUUUUUUACUAAUCAUUUUGAAAGAAUAUUGUAAUGAUAAAUUAAUUGCUUAUUAUUAGACGGAAUAUAUAACUAGAUUCUGUAUAAUUGCUUAGUGAUUUCAGUUAUGGUUUCAUGAAAAUAUGAUACGAAUCGCUGUUGCCAAUAUCUAGAUAUUAUAAGCAUCAUACUUGUUGUUUGUUCAUUAUAUAUCAAGUAUUGUUCAUGUUUGCCUCAUGUUUAUAGGUAAUUCAUGAUAAAUGAAUACAUUUCAUUUCAUUCAUAUUUUACAAAUACAUGUACUUGUUCACCUUUUACUAUUAUAGUUUGUAUUAGGGUUGUUAUGUUAAAAUAAAGUCAC